AUGGAAAAUCCAGCAAAUUCUGAUGGCCAGCACUUCCCUAGUUUUUUUCAAAACUCUAGUCCGGGGACCAGUGCCAAGGAAUCUUCGGCAACAGAAGAACUGUACGAGAACAGCGACGGGGAUGCGACACAGACUAGAUCAAUGGUGGAUGCUGUUGGUGGAAAGAGGAAUGAUGGCAAAAUUAAAUCUGUCGUUGGAGGGAUCACUUGCUGCGUUCCAGAAUGUUUUAGCAACAGCCUAAGAGAUCCACAGCUUUCCUUUUAUGUAAUUCCGAACGGCAAAAGUAAGGAAAAGCAAGAGCUCCGUAAACGGUGGCUUCACAUGAUUUCGAGGAAAAACUUUGACAAUCCAGGCCAAGGCCACAGGGUAUGCUCAAAACACUUCGUUGAUGGUAGGAAAACCUACAUGAAUAAUAUCCCUACGAUAGUGCCAAAGAAUAAAGACAAGAAAGAGCAGAGAAUGAGAACAACCGUUAAAGCAAGGAGCAGGUCAAGUAAUUUACAGAAGGCUACAAUACUUUUUGGAAACAUGAACUUGUCUACCGAACAAACCUCAGACCAUGUUCACAUUGAUUCAGAUCCAGCCUGUCAUGGACAUAGUGAAGAUCAAUCAAUAUCUUCUGGCCCAGAACCAUCAAAUGACAUUGAAAAUGAACUGAUGAAAAGAGUUGCAGAAUUGGAAUUGAAAAAUAAACAACUUGAGGAGGCAAAUAAGGACCUGAGACAACAAACAGGUUCUGAGGGUAAACCUAACAACUUCUCUGCUGAUGGUUUGAAAGACAACCCAAAGCUUUUUCGAUUCUAUACUGGACUUCCAGAUUAUGAAACUUUCAAAAUAAUUUUGGAAUCCUUUGGUCCUGCUGUCAACAAUUUAAUUUAUGUUGGCUCAAAUACAAAUGCCAGCAAAAUUAUAUCAGCUGACCACAUAAAACGAGGUCCAAAGAGAAGCUUACCUGCUGAACAAGAAUUUUUUCUUGUUCUUGUGAAACUAAGGUUAGGUCUCCUUGAAGAAGACAUUGCUUACAGAGCAGGAAUAUCUACAACCCAGUUCUCCAGAAUAUGGAUCACUUGGCUUGAUUUUUUACAUAGCAAGUUCAGAUCAUACCCAAUAUGGCCAUCUAAAUCUUCUGUUAUGAAAACAAUGCCAAACUGUUUCAAAGAGACAUAUCCUUCAACAAGAGUAAUCAUUGACUGCACUGAGCUUUAUAUUGAGAGGCCAUCUUCACUGAGGUCACAAAGUGCAACUUAUUCAAAUUACAAGCACUAUAACACAGCUAAGGGCCUUCUAGGAAUCAGUCCAGCUGGAGCAGUUUCCUUUGUAUCAGAACUUUAUACAGGGAGGACCAGUGAUAAAAAUGCUACACGCAACAGCCAACUCUAUGGUCUACUUGAGAAAGGUGACUCUGUGAUGGCAGAUAGAGGCUUUGACAUAGAGAGUGACUUACCAGAAGGUGUAGGCCUCAACAUUCCACCAUUUAUGAGGGGAAAAGAGCAUUUGUCUUUGGGAGAGGAGAUAGAGACGAGGCAAAUUGCAUCAGUUCGAAUCCACGUAGAGAGGGCCAUUUCAAGGAUAAAAACAUUUAAAAUUUUAAGCUCAGUUUUCCCUUUAACAAGGGCAUCUCAGUUGAAUGAAAUCUGGGUUAUUUGUGCCUAUCUUACAAACUUCCUUCCUCCUUUAAUCAAUGAAAAUGCAGCAGAUGAUUAA